AUGGCUCAGGCCCUGGGAAAAGCUGCAAGCAAGCCUACUGAGCUUGCAGAAAUUAUAAGAGAGAUUAUUAGGGAGGAGCUUGGAACGAGAUCUAAUUCCCAAGGAGAAAGAAGAUCAAGGGUGAGAUCGAGGUCACGGUUAGUGCGACGCACAGAUAUAGAGCAUAAGGGAGAGACACUUUCUCGAGAUACUAAGGCUGUGGAGCCGGUUAAAACGGAUGAAACAUGGGCCACGAUACUCGGAAGAAAGGCCAGGAGAGAAUUAAAGAAACCGGUGGUUCCGAGAUCCACAGGAAAGAACCCCAGAGUUCUACUGAGCCAAAAACCCCCAAUGGAGAUAAAAAAGAAGAGGCCACCGCGUACCGCGGUUGUUCAAAUCGCUACAGAGGGCGAUACAACGUAUGCGGAUACUCUAAGGAAGGCUAAGGAACGAAUCAAAUUGGAUGAACUGGGUAUCCCGGAACUACGCCCGCGCCGUGCCAAGACUGGGGCCUUCUUACUGGAGAUCUCAGGCCCAGAUAGUGCAGUGAAGGCGGAUGCACUAGCCAUGAAGCUUCAGGAGACAUUCGCCGAGAACGGGGAAAUCAAGAUCUCGAGACCUGUCAAAACGACCGAGAUCCGCAUUGACAACCUGGAUGAUUCAAUAUCAUCUAUGGAGGUAUUACAAACUAUAGUAACUGCAACCGAAUGCAAUCAUGCGGACGUAAAAAUGGGCCCUAUCAAUAAAGCCCGAUGGACCACUGCGAAGGUGACGUUGCUUCCUGAUCGUGGACUGCAAUGUUUUAAAUGUCUACGAUUUGGACACAUAAAGGCUGAGUGCAGGAGUACCACAGACCGUAGCAUCGCGUGCUAUCGAUGUGGGGAAGAGGGCCACCAGGCAAGAGGAUGUACGAAGGCUGUCAAAUGUUUGAUAUGCGAGGAGGCGGGACUACCCCACGGUCACCGAAUGGGGGGAAAUGCCUGCCAUCCCGAGACAGGCCGGAAGAAUAAGAAUAGGGCACAAAACAACCAGUUGGCUGAUAGGACCGGAAAGCAAAAGGAAAAAACCCUGGAAGCUGGUCAACAGAACACAACGGAAGAAAAAAUGGGAAAAGUGAUUGCGGCAAACAGUCCCACGCCAAUGGAGACUGAGACGUUACAUGAACAACAUGAGACCUCGGAACUGAGCCCCACCGAGUGGCCCAAAGGUGAUGAACCAGGAGUGACGGACUAG